GGCUAGGCCUGGCCCGUACCGCGGCGAUGUAGGCGAGUCCGUGCUCCCCCCCAAGCCCUCGACCACUGCAGUGGCCGCUUUCCCCCCUCCGCCCUCCUCGUCCACGGCGCUCGCCCCGCCGCCAGGCUGCUCGCCGCCGUCGCUCUCGCCGACGGUGAUGUCGUCUUCGGAGCUGCGCCUGCGCCCCGCCACCCCCUUCUCCGGCGACCUUCCCGCGGACGAGCUGUACGAGGUCCUCCUUCGCCUCCCGGCCAAGGAGCUCUGCCGCCUCCGCGCUGUCUGCCCCGCCUGGCGCGCCCUCACCUCCGACCCGCUCUUCAUCGCGGCGCACAAGUCCCGCCACCGCACGGCGCCCCCGCUCCUCGCCAUGGCCUACCGCGACGACAGUGGGGUCAACGGCGUUGAGAUUUCGGAUUUGUCGGGCAAUGUGGUGAAGCGGAUACCAGGCCCCGGGUAUGAAAUUGUUCCGGUGGACGGGUUGUCAGGGGUUGCCGGCGGGCGGAAGUCAAGCAAGGACGAUACCAUCCGUGUUGCGCGCGCGCGGCUUGACCUCGUCUGUUUCAACUGGAGUUUCUGCCCUGGGGUCUUCUGGGUGCUGAACCCGGCUACCGGAGAUACCAUCACCUUGCCGAGGGGCUUCUCGGAGGAAUUGUCGCAUGAGCUAGAGGUAAAGGGGAUAAAGGAAUGGUGUUGCCGAGUCAAGUCCUGUGCUUUUGGGCAGGUCUCCUCUACCAGAGAGUACAAGGUGCUCCGCGUCUCUGAAAUUGGUGACCGAAAGGUAAGUGAGGUUAUCACCUUUGAUGACACCAACCAUGGAAGCUGGAGGAGAAAGCAGGACCCUCCGUCGUGCCUUAUCUCUCCCUGUCACAAGAUAUUGAGGAGAUGUGUGGUCGUUGAUGGGGUGGUGUACUUCUUGAUGGACUUCUCCUCGACAUACUUUGAAACUGGGGUUAUAACCAUUGAGCCUGGUAGCGUAGCUUCGUUCAACCUCGAGACAGAGGAGUGGGGUGUUCUACGUGGUCCAGAAGAUGUGCAGAGGUUUGUGCAAGAGAACUACAUUUCCGAUUACUUAGAACUUGAACCCGAGUUAUCAUUGGCUGAGUUGAACGGCUGCUUAGUUAUGGUUCAUAAUACCCAUAAAACAUCUAUGGACUUGUGGUUUUUGACAGAUUUUGAGAAAGAUAUCUGGGUUAAGAAAUACAGCAUGCCUUCAUCACAUGUUGCUAGGUUUGGGUAUCCUUUUCUGAUGUUAGAUGAUGGGACAAUUUUCUUUACUCGGUCGGAUUAUCUGCAAAGUUUAGUUGGUGCUGAGGGAUUUCUGCAAGGUUAUAAUCCAAGAAAUGGCACUUAUGCUGAUGCUCUAAAACUGAGAGAUUCCGAAUCCAUUGGCAUUUACACAGGAAGCCUGCUGAGUUUAUAGAGUAGAUGUCACUAAUGAGGUGAAUAAUGCAUCGUACUGGCUGUUUAGCUUAUGUAGUAAAUGUGAACAAUUAGUGAGACAAUGUACUUUUGUGCCUUCAACGUAUAUUAUGUUAAUCUCCGAUACAUUUUGUAUGAGAAGGUUUGCAGUUGUUGUUCGUUCCAUUUUGUAUGGCAGUUUCAGGAGUUUGGUCAAUGAGUUGCUAUAUUGCUGUAUGCUUAUAGCAGUCAGUUUGUAAUAAACAAGCUUUUAAUGUGGUGUUUCAAAACAUAA